ACCUUGGCCAUCCUUUCAGAAAGCAAUAAAGAAACGAAGUCGCUCGCUCUCCCAUUUUCCGAUUUUGAAGCUUCUCCUUCUUCCGGGUUCUCGCCUGCAAAGCAGCUGUCGCAAGAGGCAGGCGGGUGGAACUUCGUGACGGCAUCAGUAUAUAUGGAAAUGGAGGUUAAUGGGGAAGGUUCAUCGAGCGGGGGCUCCAGUUCGGAUCAGUUACAGAAAGAGAGAUCUGAAGUUACCCAUGUCCAGAAACUUCAGCUGGAUGCAUCUCAGCACGAGUUUCAUCCGAUGAAUGCACUGGAGAUCCUGAGAGAAACAGUGAGGAUUCUCCGGUUCAAUGCUGCAUCUUUUAUGCUCAUUGCUACUUUCCUCGUUUGCCCAAUUUCCGCUCUACUCUUGUCCAAUGUAUUGGUUGAUCAAUCCGUUGUGAAGAGACUUACCAUUAGGUUGAUGUUGAUUGCCAAAUCCAGUGGCCUUCCGUUGAAGCCUUUGAUCAAACACUCAUGUCACCGUUUAGCCGAGAUGGUUGUCUCAUCAGCAAUGUGCUUCCCUUUCUUUCUCACUUUCUCUUUAUCAUCCAAAGCUGCUGUAGUUUACUCAGUGGACUGCACUUAUUCGAGGAAAGAAGUUGAUGUCUCCAAGCUUUUGGCGAUAAUUUGCAAAAUCUGGAAGAGGGUCGCUUCAACAUAUGUAUGGUCAAGUAUGGUGAUCUGUGGCUGUGUCACAUUAUUCGUUGUUCUUCUACUAGCACUAUGCAGUACGUUUUCAGCAUUUGGUCUUUGGGCAGAGUUGAAUCUCUAUGCUGCAAUGUUGGUAGGGCUUGGUUUCUCGGUUGUUUUCGCCAAUGCAAUCAUAAUCUGCAACAUUGCUGUUGUCAUCUCCGUGCUGGAGGAUGUUUCAGGCCCGCAGGCAUUGCUUCGGUCAAGUAAUUUGAUCCGGGGCCAGACUCAAGUCGGGCUUCUGAUAUAUCUCGGAUCGACAAUCGGUACAGCUUUUGUGGAAGGUUUGUUUGAGCAUAGAGUGAAGACAUUGAGUUAUGGAGAUGGGUCUUCCAGGAUAUGGGAAGGCCCUCUUCUGGUGAUCAUGUACUCAUUUGUGGUGCUUGUUGACAUGAUGAUGAGUGCAGUUUUCUACUAUAGUUGUAAAUCGUAUAGGCUGGAGGCUGCGGAGGAAUGCCAGUCGAUGCUAGAGACCAUCACUGUCUCCCCUGAUUCGGUUGAAGUUCAGCAACAUGGUGGAGCUUUCUCGAGUUAG